AUGUUAUGCGUGCCCAAACGUCUUUCUUUUCUGGCAUUCAACAUUACAACUGAGAGGUAUUGCAUUAAAUGUCUUGAUUCUGCCAUUCGGCAGAUAAUAAAAAUGCGUGUUCCUCUUUUGAUCUUUUUCGCCGCGAUCGCGACAGCAACCGCUGAGAAUGAUAAAUCUUGGACUUGGAAUGAUGAUAAAUCAAAGAUCAACCGAGACAUCGAUGCCAGGUAUCAGAUAUACGAGCCUUCUGAAUAUUUAGAUGGUUUCGACAACGGCCUUCAGUUAGGAUUUAGACCUCAAAAUACGGGCCCUUACGGUCCCAAUAGCAGACCGCUCGUACCAGCAUAUCAAGGCAAUAAUGGCGUUCUCGUGGGUCCCGGUGGACCAACGGGAAUAAUUGGCAGACCUGCUCGUUUCGAACCAAAUGGACCCGACGGUAUUUUGGAUUCAGUACCACCAUGGAUCAGAGAUGAUCCCCGUUAUCGUGAGUUUGACACUUGCAAAUGCAGAUACAGUUUUAAUUGUCCAUCACCCGGAUUGAAAUUCGGCCACUGCGCAAAUGAGAAGAAAUACUGUUGUUUCAACAGCAAAAGAUUCCCAGGAUUGUCUGGAGGGCAUCAUUACCCAUAUUACUCUGGCGCACCGUACAGGUACAGACCGAAUGGUUUCGCACCGACAUCGAAUUAUUACGGUAAUCGAAGACCGUACGGUAGCGGCGAUUACCAACAUGACCAACAUCCGUCUUUCGAUUAUUACUCAGGACCUUAUAGCAACGGUUAUGGUCACCGCAAUGAGUUCGAGUCGUUACGGCCAUACGGCUACGAUCCAGAAUCUGACGAUUAUGUCAUCUACGGGAGGUCAUUGGGCAAGAAUCAAACGCAGACGAAUGAGAAACCAAAGACAUUCGAAGAUACUAGAAAAUAAUGAUCAGUAAAUUCUUAACGAAACACCUGUUAUAUCGAUAUUUCUUCAUUCUUAAUAAUAUAAUAAUGCCAAAGAUAUGACAGAGAUAUGGAGAAAGAUAUAU